AAAAGACGACGAUUUGUCGGGGACGGUCGCAGCUGUGUGGCAACGCAGCACGUCCCUGGCCUGGCUGCCAGCCGCCCCUGCUAGGGCGGGCGCUGCCGCCCCAGGGCCCCUCUCUGCCCUUCCGUGCUUUGAGCCUGUGUUUGGCAUUCGUCUUGUAGUCUUGCGUAUACUGCGGGAACCUUCAGGUGUGGCUGGUGUCUUGGUCUCCCCGAUGUCACAAAGUGUUUUUCAGAUGCUGAGCAGUUCUCCGUUCUGAAGCCUGCGCUCUCUGAAGAGACCCUUGUAGAUAGCGAGUGGUGAAAGAGCGAUGACAGCGAUUAAAAGGGACAUUGAUAGAUGGACACGCAAAACGCACCGGUCAAAUAAACACUCUUAACUCCUUUUGUUCUUCUCGUCCCUUAACGCUCUGUGAGCUGUACAUAAGCAAGCAGUUCAAUAACUAAGAGAAUAUUUCUCCUAGAUGCUGUGAGAGGGGUCACUCCUUGGGCGCAUGGUUGGACUAUUUUGGCUUUCCAGGUUGCCCCGUGCUGGCUGUGGUGCGUUCGCCCUCAGUGUGGCUGGUCCUAGGCUAUGCCGUCCUCCACCUCUUGUCUUCCAACAGCACUCAUACUUACCUGACCCAGAGCGGUUUCAGGGAGCUAAAGAGUUAGAAAACUAAUCUUGUAACAAAAAAUUUAGAGUUUUCUGUGGCUUUAGGUUGAAAAUCAUCUCACUGCAAGGUCAGAUUAGCCCUACUGCUGGGUUAUAUGGGAGGGAGGCACACAGAGGCUUCGUCCCUUUUGGUGACAGCUAUCCAGUAGUUCAGUUUAACAGUUAUAUCAGAUGCAACUCUCAGUCUACUGCAAAUUUGACAUAAAACAGCUUGAGUUUUCCUCAGUGAGCUUAUAUAUAGGCAGUGCUUGCACCUUGGCAAGAGCUACUUGCAAGGAACUACUUCUGGUAGCUCCUAGGAGCAACCAGAGUUGCUCAAUCACAUGCGUGGGCCCUGAAUCUUCAGACACAUUUCAAAUCGCCAUAUUCAAAUUUUACUUGGAUUGAUAGACUUCCUACCAAGUGUUGGAAUUAAAGAGGAUGAUAAUUCAGGAAUGUUACAUGAAAAUGGAAAAUGGUCCUUGUGAACAUGAGGAAAGGAAAAGGAAACACGGAGAAGCCUCUGGAGAGAAACAGACAAGUGACUUUGUUGUGGUGCAGCACGAGCUAGAGGGCAAAAGACACUACACAAAAUGAAGAUGGCUAAAUAGAGAGGAGUGCAGUUAUACAAACAAUUACCAGUUACAGUGACCUGAGUCAUGCUUUAUCAUAUUAGGUGUUUUUAUCAAAGACUGAUUUCCAAGGAUCAUACAAAUUAGUAAGAAUCUCAGCAUUCAUUUUAACAAGAACACAUUUUCUAACCCCUAUAUUUGAAAAGUGAACUGUAGAGAUCUGAGUUAGAAGCUAAAUGAGAGAAGGAAACCAACAUUCUACCUUAUUUUUUAAAAACUAAACUUAGGAGCCCGCAAGUGCUUUUUUUAUUUAGCAGUUGUCUGUAUGGCAAAAAUAUAUUACAAGGAAUUCAGAUUUAGAUAGUUUUAAUGGGAGAUCUAUUUACAGGAGCAAAUGAAGAGAGAAGGUGCUUUCUAAAAGCAGUAGCUAACAUGAUUUGAAAUGUCCUGUAGUGAUUAGUAUGGAAACAGAUGGACAUAUUUAAAAUUGUGGGUGAGGGGGAUUAUUUUAGAAACUGUCUUACUAGUAUGUCAGCUCAUAUGUCUUUGUUUUGUAUAAGUGUUUGCUGCAAAUUAUGGGAUGAAUGGGUUUUAGAAACAAAGGAUAGAUGCGGGUGCCUAAACAUCAAGUGUCAUUUCAUAUGCCUUCUUGUCUUCUAGCUGCUGCUAAGGAAGGCUGCAGUCUCCCAUAGGACCUGUGUCCUAGGUCCUAGUCUAUCUAGGGUUUAUAAAAUGUCCAUAGAUUCCUGUGUUUAGGCACUGAGUGAUUCCUAAAGUGUGUUUCCUACUUACUGUUCUCUUUGAUCCUAUGUAGUGAUUGUCUGGUCAUCAAUGUGCUGUGGCUAUUCCUUGGCUAGGUAACAAAAGCAUUUUAAACAGGAGAACAGUGAAUAACCAAUUUUGUUGUUUAAUAUGACUUUUCGUAUUAGUGUUUAUUUUGUGGACAUUAAAAAAAUACCAUAUUCAUAAUAAUUUCACAGCUUCUAGAAUGCUACCAUAUAGUAUAUGAUUUGAUCUUAUGAACUCUAGCAAACCAAAAGUACCUUUCAGUUAGAAAAAGAUACGGUAUUUUAACAACUCUGAUUAGAUACUCUAAGAGAAUGGAUUGCAAGAUAACAUGGAGUCUUAGCUGCUAAAUGCUCACUGCUGUCCAUCAAAUUCUGUCAGCACUCUGCAGUUGCUUGUGACUUGGCAUGAACACAUUGUGGAAUUAAAGUUAUUUUGCAAUAUUAUACAUAUUUUUUUCUCUGAUUGCUCUGCAGGGUCUCCUUUUGCAAAAGGACAGGAGCAUACCCCUGAAAAGCAAAUGCAGCUCCCAAAUUCUUCACAAUCAAAAUCCUAUCCAGACACCUAAAGAGCUUUGAAGUCCUCCACAAAGAGGGUUAAGAAAGACUGUUGUGGUGUUUAUUUCACUAGUGUUUAUAAAAAACUUGGACGUCCUACAUGCCAGGUGCCAAAGAAAAAACAAAAGAAGAAGCCUGGUAAAGCAGAUACACCUGUUUGACUAUCAAGGUUGUGGAUCAUGGAAGAACAACUACUAAACAACAGCAUCCUUGAUCAAUUUAUUAAUAGCCAUGAGCAGUCGUAUGAAGAGUUUCUAAAUACGUUCACUUUCCUUUUGAAAGAGGAAGAGGGGAAGACGAUUCAAGGAUGUAAAGUGGAUGCCCUAAGAAAAACAUUUACUACAUCUGAGUUACCAACCAGAAAUAAAGAGGAUGAUGGCUCGCCUGGAAGAAACAAAGAGUUGUCUGUUCUUCUGCCACCACAGAUGCCAAAUGGGAAUGAGAUAGCGAUGAGUGAGUGCUGCAGAGCUGGUGGCCCUGAUGGAAACAAUUUCAGUCUGUUGGAAAGCGUGAAGAUGGACAAGUACUUAGAUUUGGAAGAUAUUGACACAGAUGAAGAGACAUACAGCGCAGGGUCAUUAGUUCUUCCAGGAGAGGUGGAACAGACAGUGAGUUGCUGUACGCUUUCUUUUGAUGAGCCUAUUCAGCGGAAGUUCAGGACCUUGUCAGUUAUACAGCCGUCAGACAGCAAAACCCAAGAGCUACUAGGGGAUGAUGUUCAGCCAUUCUCACUUGAUGAAGAAUUUGAUUAUGACAAUGUGGCUCUGACCCCUAAGUUCUGUGAAGCUGAGCUGGAGGCCAUUAUAGACUUGUCUGAAGAGAAGAAAACGGAGACAGAUGUUGUCAAGUCAGCAGGAGCUGAAGACUGAGUCAGAUGCACCUUGCAUGGCAUUCUGUGCAGUGCUGUUGAAAUAACGUUUUUAGGGGGUAAAUCUAGCUCCCUAUUGUACCCCUAUUUCAUCUUUUUAUCUAUGUGGUCUGUAAAUAACAUCCUUGAGAUUUUUUUAUUUGUUCCACCAAAGUGUCUUGGUGCCCUGAGGUCGCCUGCACACCCACCUUCUUCUCGUUCUAAUAGAAGCACAGAAUAGAAGGAUGGUGCUUGCCCAGAGUUGCUUAUGUAGAAGCUCUUCAGCCAGCAAGGAAGUAUUUGUUUCCCUUUAAUAUGUAUGCACGCGGACUUGCGCAUUCAUGUUGGCUAAGGAGGUCUGUGUUUGUCCCUAAAUCCAAUGGGAUUUUUCUAUACAUCAAUGGCCUUAUAUAUUCUUAGGCUCCAGUUCUCAGCUACUUUGCUGUUUUCCAGGUUGUACAAGGCAGUUAGAAGGAUGUCUCAAAUGACAGCCAUGAAGUCCCUUUUUUAGAAAAAUCUUUGAGUAGGGUGAAGCCUGUAUUGCCUCAGGCUAGGCAUGCUGGAAUAAAUGCUCCUUAAGAACAAUGCAAGCUGGUGCAAUUCAGAAUAGCUGUAUGGCUAUUCUAACUUAUAUUUGGUACUGACUCCAGUUCCUGACUAACUCAAAGCUAGUCCUAAAACUGGCUUUACUUAUUUCUUCUAGCAAUGCAAGAAAGAACUUUAUGCAGCUGAGGGAUCCGCCUUUAGCCUCUCCCUAUCUUUCUGUCUAUUCAAAGGUACAGAAUUACAACAGAGAAUAAAUCCGGGAAUGGUUUUUGACUCUCUUGGGUUAUUUCAGUUCUGCAGAGAAAUAAAUAUUCCUAUUUCCAAUAAACUUUUUAAAACAUGAUCAAAAUUGACUCUGUGUAAC